CAAACCAUGAAUUAAAUGCCAGAUCGGCAAGCCCUUUUGAGAGGGUCCUUCCGGAAGAACCGACUCUACAUACUUCUACAUAGUCCUCAACAGGGCACGUUGCGUGCUUAGGGACCAUGAAUCGCUGCCUUUGAUUCAUAUUUUUAAUCCCCUCACUGAUUUGGUCUCCAUGAAUGAACAACAACAGUAACGACUAAUUGGUAGCGGAAGUCGAUCAGAUUUGUGAAAAAUGUGGAGGAGGAGCAGAGGUUGCGUGCAACUGAUCACGAAAUUGAACUUCAGAAGCCACAAACAGCUACCUUGUUUGGUACGUGACGAGAGAUGGCUAUCUACAUCGACAUCGACAUCGACAUCGACAUCGACAUCGAGUGGGGAGUCGUCGGGGAGGUUGGUAGCGGCUCUUUGGGGGAACGGGGACUAUGGGAGAUUGGGACUGGGGAGCUUGGACUCACAGUGGACGCCUGUCUUCUGCUCCGCCUUUGAUCGUCAAAACCUAACCGCCAUUGCCUGUGGCGGGGCUCAUACCCUAUUCUUAACAGAAACUGGCCGAGUCUACGCUUCUGGUCUUAAUGAUUUUGGACAGCUUGGCAUAUCAGAUAAUAAAAGUUAUUCCCUGAUUCCAUUUGAAGUUACUGCAAUUGAGAAGGAAAUUGUGCAGAUUUCAGCGGGUUAUUAUCACUCUUGUGCUAUUACAGUUGAUGGGGAGCUCUACAUGUGGGGAAAGAACUCAAAUGGGCAGCUAGGGCUUGGAAAACAGGCAGCGAAAGUAGUUCCUUUACCAACAAAAGUUGAAUCCUUGAGUGGAAUCACGAUUAAAAUGGCAGCUUUAGGUUCGGAACACUCGGUUGCUGUUACAGAUGGAGGUGAGGCACUAAGUUGGGGAGGCGGUGGUGCCGGUAGACUUGGUCAUGGACAUGAAUCAAGCAUUUUAGGUUUUUGGAAAAGUUACAGUGAGUACAUACCGAGGCUUAUAAAGAAACUUGAGGGAGUUAAGGUUGCAAGUGUUGCUGCAGGUUUGCUGCAUUCUGCAUGCAUAGAUGAAAAUGGUUCUGUUUUUAUAUUUGGUGAAAGAGCAAGAGAUAAAUUGCGUUUCGGCAAUUCAAACAAUGCAACAGUACCUGCCAAGAUAAGUAAACUGCCAUGUACAGAACAAGUUGCAUGUGGAGGCUACCAUACAUGCGUCGUAACAAGUGGUGGUGAACUAUUCACUUGGGGCUCCAAUGAGAACGGCUGCCUUGGAAAUGGUUCUAUGGAUGUCUUCCACUCCCCUGAAAGAGUUCAAGGUCCUUUCAUGAGAUCUCCUGUUUCCAAGAUAUCUUGUGGUUGGAAGCAUACAGCUGCAAUUUCUGAAAGCAAAGUUUUCACUUGGGGUUGGGGAGGUUCUCAUGGGACAUUUUCUGAAGAUGGAUCCUCUUCUGGCGGGCAAUUGUUUCUUCUUUGUACAGGGACAUGGGAGCGAUGUGGACUUGAGAGAACCGAUGUUGGUCGACUUCGGAAGGAAUGUGAAAGCAAUACAGGUAUCAUGUGGAUUCAAUCAUACAGGUGCCAUACUUGAAUACACCUAGGCUCUUUUGCUAUUAUAGGCUAAAAAGAACAACAGUUUUUUUGCCCCCCCAUUUUGGUUUGAAAGUGCAGUUCAAAAGAUCUCCUUUGGUCUGCCAUUAUUCGUUCAUUCAUGUUUAUCAUGUAUCAACUAUGUCAAAGAAUAAUCCAUCUCUAGAAUUGCGACUACAUAGAAAUGUAGAGAAGAGAGCAAUGUAUCAUAGAUAAAUCCUUGUUUGUUGGCUGUAAACAGAUGUAUACAAUUGCGCGGAUGCUUCAGUUUCCAUGUUAUAGGGACAGAUGUGAGUCCAAAUUGGAAGUCUAUAACAAUAGAAUUGCAGAGUUCCUGUUUU